CCAGAGUGGAGGAGGAGGAGGACCCAACCGACGUGGCUGAGCCUGGAAGGCGGAGCGGAGGUUGUCCCGGCGAAGCUGGAUGGCAGGGGCAGCCCGGAGCUCCCCGGCCUCGCACGGGAUUAACCAGCCAGGUUGAGGCUAUAUAGCAACAAUGGAGGAAAGAUUUUUUCUUCAUGGAAUUCUCUCCAUCUUAGUGCUGACUGUUGCCUGCCAAGCCCAUGAUCUUCCCUUGUGUGAAAAGGAGGCUGAGUCUUGGGGAGCCAUAUUCAGUGAGGACCGCUUGGAUGCCUGGAUCUGUUCUCUAAUAGGUUCUAUUAUGGUUGGGCUAAGUGGAGUUCUUCCUCUCUUGAUCAUUCCUCUAGAAACUGGAGCAGCUCUGAAGUCAGAAGAGGGAUCCCGUCGAAUGAAGCAGCUCUUGAGUUUUGCUAUAGGAGGGCUCUUGGGAAAUGUGUUCCUGCACUUGCUCCCAGAGGCCUGGGCAUACACGUGCAGUGCCACUGCAGGUGGAGGGCAGAGCUACCAGCAGCAGAAGCUUCUAGGACUCUGGGUGAUUGUUGGCUUGAUGACCUUCCUGAGUCUGCAGAAGAUGUUCCCAGAUAGUGAAAAGCAAGGAGGCUCCAGUUUGGACACCCAAGUUCCUGCCAAAAGGAUUCCAAAAGGGAGCAGCUUCUCUGUGCUGGAGGCAGCCAAUCCAAUCCAAAGAAAGAAGUCAGGCCCAGCUCAGUGCAAUGGUUCUUCUCACAUACCUUCACCAUCAGCCCCCAAAAUCAAGAUCAGUGGCUACCUCAAUCUUUUGGCCAACACAAUAGACAAUUUCACUCAUGGCCUGGCAGUGGCAGCCAGCUUUCUGGUUAGUAGAAAGGUUGGGCUUCUGACCACCGUGGCAAUUCUCCUGCAUGAAAUACCCCAUGAGGUGGGGGAUUUUGCCAUCCUCCUUCGUGCUGGGUUUGAUCGCUGGAGUGCCGCCAAGUUGCAACUCUCCACAGCCCUCGGGGGAGUCCUAGGGGCUUGCUUUGCAAUUUGUGCUCAGUCACCAAAAGGAACAGGGGAAACCAUCGCUUGGAUUCUCCCAUUUACCUCUGGGGGAUUCUUAUACAUUGCCUUGGUAAAUGUUGUGCCUGAUCUUUUAGAGGAGAAGAACCCUUGGAAUUCAGUGCAACAAGUGCUCCUCCUAUGUACCGGCAUUAUUGUCAUGGUGCUUCUCUCGCUCACCACUGAAUGAGUGACUCUGACUCAGGCUUCCUUCUGCUGCUCUCCAAGGCUGCCUUCAUUCUAAACUGUUACAAAGCAAUAAGGGACACCAUUGGAUUUUUCUUCAUUGUGUGCCUGUGGAUCUGGCUGCUGCUAUAAGAAGUGGAUAAGGGAAGCAUGGUUUUUAGGAUGGAAGUUGGACUCCUUUUCUUGUUUUUAAAGUAUUAGAAUCCAGGACUUCCAAAGUUUUGAAAGAACAAAGUGAGUGGCUGGUUUUCUUUUCUUUUUUUAAAGGGGUGUGUGUAUGUGUAUUUUUAUAAAAUAAUAAUUUAAACAGAAGAUAGCAUUGAAGAGAGAACUUGCUGUCAGUGGUAAAGCAGCAUGGACAGGUUGGACCAGGAUGUGUGCUAGAAAUCCUUGGACAAAACUCCGGAGUUGAAUAAAAGACAAAAUCACAGUAUCUGCAUAGAAAUGAAAUAAUUAUCUGGCUUCCAAGGCACAGGAGAAAGUGUUCCAAACAGCAGCAGAAUGUCUAAUAGUUCACUGUAUGUUGCCACAUAGGGAUGAACAACGUAGGAAGGUGCUUUCUACCUGGUCAGGCUGUACUUGUCCUUCUAACCCAGGUAUUAAAAACAGUCACUGGCAGUGGGUGUCCAGGAUUUUGGGCACCCAGAAAUCUUUCCCAUAUGUGCUCCCUGAACCCCAUGUCACUGUAGAAGAAUAGGAAAGAUUGAACCCAAAUCGUUCUGUGUGCCAGGCUAUGCAUGCUGCCAUUGAGCUAGCUUUCCAGAUCUUCUGAGAGAAGGUUCUACUACUGCCUGACCCUCUCCCUUCUUUUUUCCAAGCUGGCAAUGUAAGAUCCUGUUAGACUGAGCAACUUCUUCCUUGAGUUUCUUUGGUACAUAAGCAUUAUACUGAAACUGGAUUCGACCGGAGAUGUUGCUUCUGUCUAGCUGUUGUUGGACUCAAAUUCUCCCUCCCUCCCUCCCUCAUACACACACAUACUUGCACAUACUUAAGAGUGAAUGAAAAUUGUACUCCAAAUAUUUCAUUUUAAGGAGCACUGCCUGAGAGACCCUGUUACAACUCCUUUACCAUAAGGGAAGACUCUCCUGCCUUUUCAGCUGUCAGGCAGCUUGAAAGCCAUAUGUUCAGUCUGUCCUAUGUAAGACAGAUAAUUUGUGCCAUUCCAGGUGUUGUUGGAUCACAGCCCCUAUCAUCCCUAUCUGUUGACCAUGCUGCUUAUUGUUGAUGGGAAUUGCAGUCCAACAGCAACUGAAGGGUCCCAGAUUGCCCACCAGUUUAAUACAUUUUACUUUUUGGUUUCUUCAGUAGCUACUUGGAUGAAUGUGCUGGGCCUGCAUUCUUUCAUGGUGAACAGCAGAAAACAAGGCAAUAAGGAACACACAGCUGAGCCUAUAAAAGCUGCAUACAGAGAAGGGCACACUCAGGGCCUUGCCUAAGAUAUUUGGGGAGUAAUUGCUGAAAGAGAGUUUGGAACCAUUGGAGCUGCUUUGUGAAACAGGAAUACUGACAUCUUGGCUAUGAUCAGGACUGUGCCUUGUGUGCCCUCUGAAAACAUUAAUAAAUUAAAAUUAAGCACCAGAGGAAAUAGAUUCUUACAGCCCAUGUACCAUUUUACACAACUAUAGUUUAUUUCUUAAUUUUGCCUGUCAUGAGGAAGGCAAAAUGGUAUGCAAGUUCAUUGCAAACCGACGUCAGCUGAAGAAAGAGUUGAUCAGGGAAAAAGAAACAGUUUCUCCUCAGACUUGUUUCUUAGAUUUCAAACAAGUCCCUACAACUUUAAUUACUUUACAAUGGAGUGAGCAACUUUGGCUGCCUUUUGCUCCCCUUAAACCCACUGUGGGUCACCCUUCUAUCACAUUGCCAAAAUGAGUCGCAGUUUUACCAUAUUGCUAAGCUGCUUUGCUGGAUUUGGACAGGAAACUGGCAAUACUCCUUGCAGUUUUAACCCCCCUUUAAAAAUGAGCACAUACUGCUUGUUUUAAAGUGGGAAGUCCCACUUUGCUUCCAAACUUUGGUGGUGUGCUUGUCAGAUUUGGGCACUGUCACUGUGAGAUAGUGAUUCACAGACUGUUGGCCAGCUCUUCUUUACAGAAAAGAACUGAAAAUGAAACUGCUUGGAUGGGCAGUUGUGUGUCUUUCUUUAGUAUUUGUAUAUUGGAAUCACUAAAUUGUGGAGUCUUAAUUUAGACUCUCCUUGGGAUAUCUUUGGAGGUUCAGUACAUCUAUAUAAAAAAGAUUUAGGUUGGCAAGAGUUUGAGGUGCCACUAAGAAAGAUCCCAUCUGGUAGGACAACCUAGCAUCACUGUGGUGGCUUCCAUGCUUACCAGACAGUUGUGAGGAAAGCUGAAUGGCUAUAAAAGUGGUAGAUCUCCAGCUGCUAGAAAGAAGCAGCAGGCAGUCCUGCCAUCAUCAUCAUCCCCACCAACUCUACUUUGUUGCUUGUUGUUGUGUUGUUGGUCUACAACCCCCAUGCUGUCUGGGGAAUUAUGGGCUUUGUAGGUGAAACCAUCUGGGAAGGACCAGGUUAAAGAAAUAUGGUUUAGGACAAUGCCUUCACUUUUUAUGAGUCUGCAGUCCUUAGAUCAUUUGUUUGAGGAAUCCCAGUGAAGUCCUUUUGGCCCUUUGUCCUCCGAUUGCAGUCCCUGAAAAGAUUUUCUCAUCUCCAGACCAUUGCACAUCUAGCCCACAUGUCAGUCCUGCAUGAAUAUACAGCUACUAUGCUGACAAUUCAUGGACUGCAAACUGGCCAGAACAAUCAUUGGGACAAGCAUUUUGCUGCAGUAUGCAUGAGUGCAGGAACAACAUUUAAUACUGGACUACCCACAUCUCUGCUUAAGAAGAGAUGGAGAAGCACUUAUGUAUUUUGCUUUCUGUUGUAUUUUAGUGGAAAUGGGGUGGUGCAGGUGCAGCAGCCUUAAAUCCUUAGGGCUGGAAACACUGUGAUUUGUGGAAUGGCUCUGUGACUUUUACUAAAGGCUGUCUGCUGUAGCCAUGCAGAGAAAAGUUUUAACCACCUUUCCCACAAAGCAAAAAUGAACACAGCUCAUCUGCCUCACUGACUCUAAUCAUGAAGCAUGCUCUUUUUCUCUCCCUCCCCUCUCUCUUUGUCCUUGGAAGGUUGCCUUUCCCCAGCAGCUGUUCUCAGCUGUUAAGCAUCUGGAUUGCAGCUUCAGAAAAGCACAGUUCCAAAAUGACAAUCUUCCAUCGCCUCCCAGGCAUCAUGUAAUUAAUCGGUUAGGCACUGAGUGAUGCUCCAGGACUCUGUUCUGCCCCUAUUUGUCUUGCUUCAGCUUAGACAGGGCUGCCAGCAAAGCCCUGGCGUGGAAAUGGCAGAAGUACCAGUGCAGGGGUACAAGAGCCACUAUUAUUUAAGAAUAUUUAUUGUCCCUAAAUUUCUGGUUAGCAUUGGCAAGCUGCUUUGGUGCAUUCCAAGAAUUGAAUACACAGAAGCUCAUGCUAUUUGCAUCAGGGCUGGGUUUGGUGUAGGCUGGAAUUCACUGCUCAGUGUUUAGGAAUGUAAAGUGGGUGACACUGAUUCAUUAAUCUUGGAACUGUUGCUGUUGGCUUGCAGCCCUAGCUGCCUGAACCAAGUUUGGAAAUCUUGGGAAGCUUUGCCUAAAGUGGCCACUCCAGGCCCAAGGGAAGAGGCCUCGGCUUCAUUUUGGCACCCGCCCCACAGCGGUGCUCACAGGAUCUGGUGGGAAGGGCAGUUAGUAUCUCCACAAUAUUUGUCACUUUAGGAAAUGCAGAGAGAAUCUUAUUUUUCUAGCUUUAUUUUGCACUAGUUCCUGUGCAUUCUUGUUCAUCUGUAUUGAUCUAUUUUGCAUGGAGGCAAUAGAGAUGAAAUAAAAGGAUGGAAAUCUG